AUGUCUCGUAAGGUUCCGGAUCCAGAAAACAGCAAGCUUUCUAAUUCUGAGAGUUUUCUCGAUGAAAGUUUAUCAAGCGACAGAAGUCCAUUGUUGCCUGUUCAAAAUAUAUUAACCUCUCCGGAUGUCGGUACAAAGAAAUUAUUGUCAGAUAUCCGUUUACUUUCCAUGAAAGUAAACCAACUCCAGAAUUACAACGAUGACAUUGAAAAUGAAAAACGGGAACUUCUGCUAAUUAUAAGCGAAAAUGAGAGCAGAAUAUCUCUUUUGGAAGAGAAAUGUCGCAUUAAGGACCGGGAGCUUAAUGAAAAUCGGGAUUUCUGCAGUGAAUUGGAACUUAUUCGCCCUGAAUACGAGAGAACAAAGUGCGAAUUAGAUCGUGUCACGAACGCAUUGAGACAGGCCCAGGAGUUAGCCCAGACUGCUGAAUUACUAGAAAAAGAAAAUGAUAUCAAGGUCCUUGAGUCGAAUGUGGAGGAAUUAAAAGCCGAAGUUGGGUACAAACCAAUGUAUGAACAAGUCAGGGAGGCACUAGCUACAGCUGAACAGACAUUAGCCGAUUUGCUCGAUGAAAAGGAACGUGCAAGAGAAUUAUCAGAAGCGGAAGCCCUUGAUUUAAAUGGCAAAUCUCAUUCGACACCCUGGUCGAAAAUCUCCCGUGCCAAGUGCACUUGUACAUGUCACCAUAGCCCUGCAACGCCUUCGCAUCAACUCAGUGACAUGGCUAUGAGACGCUUCUCAACUGUUAGUAAUUUUGACACGGGCAAUAUCACACCUGCCAGGUCAAAUGGACGCCAAAGUCUAGGCGAUCCUUCCGUACUUGAUGUUUCCUUGUGGAGAGAUUUCCGAACAGGUCCGAAUCCUCAAGAUAUAUCUGGUGAAUGCUUGGGUGAGGUUAUGGCACAAGAUGCUAAAAUUCAAGAGCUCCAAGUUCAAUUAGACGAGGCUCGUUUUGAAAUUGAUCGACUAAAUGGGGAAAUAUUUGCACUGACUAGUCAGAACUCAGAUCUUGCUAUUAAUCACAAGGCAGCUCUAGAAGAACUCGAAUUGAGGUUGAAAAAUCUUGAGUCGGUGAAACAGGCACUAGAGUCUGAACUUGACAUAAAAAGUGUCGUCCUAAAUGAAGCUAAUGAUCGAAUUGAUACUCUGCUAUCUGAAAAUACACUCAUUUCUGAUGACCUCGAUCAAAUUAAAGAGAAAUUCGAACAGGUUCAAGGCGAGCUCUAUAGCACAAAGGUUCAGCUUAAUGAAACUUGCAUCGAGGUUGACCGACUUAAUGAAGAAAUAUCAAACCUAAACGCACAGAAAUCAGAUCUGACCAAUGAACAUAAAGUUUCUCUGGAUUCCUUGAAACUGAAUGUGCUAAACCUCGAGUCAGCAAAACAGUCUUUAGAAUAUGAAUUAGAACAAAAAUGUGCCUUCUUAAACAAGGCAGACGAAGAAAAGGCUUCACUUUUGGCCAAAUAUGAGACUCUUUUCGAUAAACUUGAGAAGUUUAAAGAGGAGAAUGAAACCAUAUUUGGUUCAUUAGAACUUCAACUUCGUGGGGCCCGAUCUGAUGCAAAGCAGGUAACUUUGCUAACUAAUCAGAGCUAUGUCCUUGCUAAUGAGCAUACAGUGAAAUUUGAGGAAUUUGCAUCAAAGGUGAAAAGCCUUGAGUUGGAUAAGGCGAAUUUGCUGUUCGAAUUGGAUGAAAAACACGCAGCUGUACGCGAGGCUAAUAGCCAUAUGGAGAAACUUUCCAUCGAAAAUAAGACCCUCGCUGAAAAUCUCAGUUGUGUUAAAUUACAAAUUCAAGAAGCUACUGGUGAAAAGACCAUUCUCUCCGAAAAGCUGGCUCACAUUGCGGGUAAACUUACUCAGCUGGUUGAGAAGGUGGAGCUCUCUGCUGUUGUAAAUUGUGAAGCUGUGAGGGAACUGUGUGAUACGCAGGAGGACAUACACGGGUUUCAGGAUAUAAGCAAUCAAUUGAUUGAUGCGCUUGCGAUGAAAGUUCUUUCACUCAAAGAGGCACUCACUGAUUCUCAGGAUAAACUCGGGUCUUCUGAAGCUCAUCGAUUGGAGCUAUUAGAACGCAUCGAUUUCUUCCAAAACAAUGGGCUGGAAGUAGAAACCCGCAAAAAAGAACUUGUUCAACAAUUAACCAUCUCUACAACAACGAUAGAUGAUCUCGCUGCUAAAAACCAGAAGUUAUCUAUUGAAUUAGAAGAUAAGGUUAAGCUCAUCGAAUAUCUGAAAUCUGAACGCGCAGACAUGAUAAACGAAAGGACUGCUUCGUUUGAAACGGAGAAUUCCUUAAAAGCUGAAUUACUUCAAGCUCAGAAGGAUAUAACACAGCUCACCAAUGAACUUAGUGAAGCAAGGUGCAGCGCUAUGCUUAUUGAUGAACUAGAAUCUUCUCUACGAGCCCAUGAUUCUGACGUCUCUGCCCUAAAUCAGUUGAUCCAAGAUCAUAAGGCAACCAUAUCUAUAUUGAGAAGUGAAAAAACGUGCCUCGAAUCGUCUAUCGAGGCCCUGAAAGCCGAAUUGGAGUCGAAGACGAAUAUUCUGGAUACUAUUACGAAAGAACGUGAUGAAGUUAGGGAAGAUCUAGCUAAACAUCUUCGGGAGUUUUAUGAAGAAAAAGACUGUCUUCUUAGUCGGUUAAGAGACCUGGAUUCACAUCUUGAGAGUCAGAAUAAAGAGAACACCAAACUGAGUGAGAGAUUCACACUAGUUGAACAAGAACUUAAUGAUUGCUUAAAGGAAUUAUCACUUAAAGAAGGCGAAGUAACUACCCUAAAGGCGGCAUUUGCUAAUCAUAUUAUUGAUAAAACGAACCUUCAAGUGGCUCUCAAUGAAAAGAACUCGCUAGCCGAUUCUCUUCAGGAGGAGAUUGUUUCCUUAAAUUUGAAGGUGACUAACUUGGAGAAAGAAGCUUCAAGACAUGUACAAGAAUUAGUUCUUCUUGAAACUGAGAAAUCUUCCAUUUCUGAGAAAUUGGAGAUUCAGACAACUGAACUCAUGAAUAAGGAGACAGAAAUGAUCAGUCUUAGAGACCAGUUGUCGCUGCUAACGGAAGAUCAUGAAAGAUUGGUAAAUCAGAAUGCAGUGUUGGAAAGUGAUAGAGCUAAGCUAGAGGCGGAAUUGGCCAGCGGUCGACAACAAUAUAUGGACAGUAGAGUAAAAUCUCUAAAGAGACAAUUGAGUGUGAUCCGUGGUGAACAUAUGGAGACAGAACAGAGCCUAGCUGAAGCUAAAAAAAAUGCUUCUCUUGCAGAAAUGCAUCGUCAAGUAGCGGAGAAUGAAACUGCUCGGCUCAACAAACUCGUUAAUAUCCUACAAAAGCGUCUUGAUAUAAUAAGUGAGGAACGCAUGGCUUGUGAAGAGCGAGCCGCAUCAGAAGCUGUGCUCUGCCGUCAGUUAGAGGGCACGCUGAGUGAGAAGGAAGCUGUAAUUGAAGGUCUACGUCAUCAGCUAAACCAAAUUGACAUUCAACGCAAAUCAGCUCAAGAAAAGGAGGCUUCAACCCUUCGUGAGUACCUCAAAUCCCGAGCUGCUCAAGAUGAAGCAGAGCGACGACUCGCUAUGCUUGAAUUCCGCUCUACUCUGAAUACUACCGGACAGCGGCGCAGUUAUUGUAGCUUGGAUCAGCUUGCGAACCAAAACACAUCGCUCGCCGGGGAAUUUAUUCACCCUCCCUUGGUGAGAAGAAGGCAUUCUGCAGGCAAAGUUGACGCAACUAUGAAAAGUCCUCCCAUUUUGGUAGAUUUGGAUAAAUCUAUGCAGGGUAAAAGUAAUUUGUUUGAAAAGGUUGGUAAGAAUACAACUCAAUCACCACUGUUGGAGGAAAGAUUUCCAGUGCCUAUUGAAGAUUUGAAAUUCCUUACGCCGAUGCCAGCAAACUUCCGAGAGAUAAGCUCUGAUGGUGCUGCGCGCAUGAAUGAGGUGACAAUUCAUGAUGUGACUUUCGUUUCCUGUUUAGAAGAGCCGAUUUGUACCACUCCACUUCCAAUACCACCUCGUUCACCAAUUCUUCAUUUUAUUGAGGAUGCUGAUGUCACCCUUUGUACUCCCAUGACUGCUCAACAAACCGAUCCUCUCAGUGGAAUGCAGUCCCAGGUUGGGCCUGUUAUGCCACAAGAAUGUGCCAAGUCAUCAAUCAAUGUAGCUGAUGUCACAGAAGUCCCAGUUCAAGUAGCUGACUGUCAGAGUGCUAUCCCUUGCACUUCUGCUGCAAGUAGCACAACUGCUGCAACAAAUAGCUUGACUGCUGUUUCGGAUUUGGAGAACUGGCCGCCUUAUAGUUCAUGCACCGCUCCUCUUAGCCCGAAAGCUCGUCGUGCGGAUGUUUUCUUUGCAGUUCCACCUUCAUUUGAAUUUCACUAUCGUCGGUUGAAGCGUUUCAUGAUAACUCCCGCAGCGGAAGAAGACCUGGAUAUGUCUGAUAAUCUUGAAGAAAAACCUCUUCCCAAUGCUAACAUUGGCAAUGCACUUCAUAGUACAAGAGGGGAGACAUCUAAUCUUCAACCGGUUGCGGUGACUGAAAAGAAAGCGGAUCGCGUAACACCAGCUUCUGUCCGCUCAGGAACUCAUUCACAUGUUGCCGGAGGCGAUUCUCUCUUCGUUGAGGAAACAGGCCGGAAUGAGAUUAACUCCCGUAUUCACCUCUUUAAGUCACGCACUAUUCAGUCAAAGACCCGUCCUGUAUCGUUGACAGAACAAAGCGAUGACAAUUCUUCCUUGUCCACGUCAAUAUCUCGUCCAGCCAAACUGGCGCGUUUCCGCUCCGUCCAGAAUUUAUCCAACGACGAUCCUUCCCGCUCACAUGCUUUGAAUAAGAAAUCUAGUCGAGGAGGACCUCCAGUCUCAUUCAAUCGCUUUAAACACCGGUUUGGGAUCCAUGGUAAUAAGAGCAAAACUAAUGAUACAAGCAUCACCACUACCACUGGAUCAGUCUCGGGAGUGAGGGACAGUUCGGAAAAUAUCUCAGCCAAGGAAGACUCCUCAAAACAGAAGAAACAUGCCAAGGCAAGCCGCAUUUUAUCCAGAUUUGAUAAGCUUUUCUAA